UUGAGCCUUACUGGCAUUCUCAACAAGCUUUGUAAGGAUUGGGACUGUGGGCGUGCAUGUGUGUGUGUUCAAAGAGACUUUACCAUUUACACCCAGAUUCUCACACACUUCAGUGCUGUUUAACUUGGUACAACUUCAGGACAAAAAAACUUCUUUCAGAGAGGUUGAUCUUAGAGCCAUAUCAGCAGCUGGUGUGAUCUCUGUUAUUUCCACCAUUGUGAGGCAACAAGAAAAGGACAACUAGAGGCAGAAAAGAGGCAAACAUGUCCCACACUCUGCUGAGGAGGAAUUCCAGCAAACAGGGUUUGCAAAAUCUAAUGAGACUCACCGCUCAGAGGAGCAUUGAGGAUGCUGAAGAAGUGGAGCGGGAACGUCGUCAAAAGGCUCGAGAAUCUUUACGCCGACGGAACAGCGGCUCAACACCGGAAGACUCGUCACCAGAGAGCGAGGCGCCGGAGGAGAAGAACACGUAUGAUCGUGAACUGAAACCCAGCAGUUCCCCUUCUCUUGAGGAGGAUGAGGGUUUUAGUGACUGGACUCAGCGCAGAGAAAAACAAAGACAGCAGCGACUGCAGGAGCUCAGUCAGGAUGGAGAAGAAGAGGAAGAAGAAGAAAAUGUCUUUAUAAAGAACAAUGUAGCCAAUAAGGCUGCUCACCCUGCUUUGACGCCGUUCAGUCCAGUUCAAAGACAAGAUCAGAAAGAUACUGACAGCAUCAGGAUGAAGGCAGAGAGGAGGAACAAGUAUGAAGAAGAGGUUAGGAGAGUGAAGGAGAGGGGGGAAAUGAAGAAGGACAAAGUGCUGCUUUCCACAAAACAAGAGACUCAAAGGUCAAAUACAGAGGAAGUGAAAAAGAAAGAACUUAAAGUAUCCUACACAUCCAAGGUUUUCCUGUGUCAGAAGCCAAAACACAACAGCCAAAAGAGUGGCCCGGCCUGCCAGGAAGUGACAUCAGUCAUGAACCAGAAGAGCAGAUCUAGCAGACAAUUUGUGGAGUUAGAGAAGGCGAAGCCCUUCCUGGAGGCGGAGCAGAGACUGGAGAGGAUUCGCCAGAGCCUGCAGGAAAAGGAGAGUCAGGAGCUGGAGCAAAUUAGACAUAGGCAGUUUGAGGCCGAGCAGGAGCUGGAAGAGCUGAAGACGAGACGGAAGGAGAGACGGCGAGCUCGUGAGGAAGAGGAGCGCCAGAGAGAGGAUGAGGAGAAGCAGCAGCUGGCUGCUGAGGAGGAGGAAAGAAGAAAGAUGAGGGAAGACAUGGAGAGGAGGAGGAUGGAAGCAGCAGAAAGGAUGAAGAGCCUCAGUACGUCCAGUGCAGAAGGAGAGGAGGCGUUCAGUCCCAAAGUUUCAACACAUAAGAUCACAGAGAGAACCAACUCCCUGAACCGUUCACUAAAGAAAAGCAACAGUUUCAAGAAGACUCAGCUUCCCUUCUUCCUGACCAGAAUCGAUGAUAAGAUGGAGCAGUACACUCACGCUGUGGAGAAAACCUCCCAGGAGCCACGGGCACUGAAGGUGUCGCUCUCUGACCUUCCCAAUUCCCCAGAGGUCGUUGCCUCCAAGAAGAAUCUGUUUGAGGCUGGAGAGGCCUGGAGCCCGAACAAAGGAGCAACAUGCAAGGACACUGGCAGUCUGAAAGUGGGCGUGGCCAGCCUGAUCACACACUGGGUAAAAGGCCCCUCAGAGCCCAGCAGCAAACAGUCACCAUGCCGACCGUCUGAUGUGAGGUCUGGAGACGUGCUGCAGAAGAAGAACAUGUGGGAAAUAUAUGGAGACCCACCAGGGAGGACCGAACCAAAAGCAAAGCCAGCACCACAUGGGAAAAAACAUACAUUUAUUGUCACUGGUCAUGGAAAAUAUGAGAAGAUCUCUGUAGAUGAAUGUGGAGACCUCAGCCAAAAUGCCGGUUUGUGUUACAGUGAUUGCUGAGGAAGCAUUUCCUCUCCUGCUGCCUACGUGAUCUUGCAACACCUGACAUGCUGAUGCAGGAACUUUGCAACAGGAACGUCUAUAUUUUUUCUGACCAUCUCUAGAGGAAAUGCACCUACAACCCCAAACCUAGGCCCAAAUAUAUAUAUAUAUAUACCCUUGGCAGAUUUAGGCUAAGUAAUUUAUUUUUUUUAUUUAUGUUUCAUUAAAAUCCUAGUAUGUUGAAAAUGCAAACCGUUCUCAAUAAACAGUGGAAAAUUAUUUUAUUGGCAAUCACACCGUUCCUUCCAAUUGAUGAGUAGCUUUUCACUUCUUUCCACUGAUUUGUUGCUGACAUAUUCUCCAAGUCUUUAAGCUUGGACGCCCUCCAUCACCCUAAUCUUAAGCUUCACUCAUGGAUUCUCAAUUAUAUUCAUGUUGGUAUGCCUUCUGCAGCCUACAAGAAUAUUAAUGCUUCCAUUCAGGAGAAAGACUUUCAGAAAUCUGUCAGGGGUAUGAAUGAUUUUGGGCUCAAUUGUACAAAUUAAAAAUUAAAGCCCACAAAAAAAUAUCUGAUGGUUAUAGGUGUGAUCCUCUUUAUAUCUUCCUGCUUUCUGUUUUUACCAUUAUGAGUCUAUCUAAAUGUGAGUUAGUUUUCAGUUUUCUUCUGUUCAAGACGAUCAUUUGUAAAACGUUUACAGUUUGAAUCAUCUCGAGUAAAUGGAUCACAUCGAUGUUUGAUCUGUUCAGCACUUUUUAGCUUGAGGACAAUCAAAACUGCAAAAGCUCUGAGCACUAGCCAAUGAGAGGGAAGACAGGUCUGUAAUGUCACUCAGCCAAGAGGAGUCAGAUUACAGUUUUCAAACUCACUCAUGGACAUUUCUUAAUAUCUGUCUGAUUAAACUAAAAUGAAACUGUGUUAGUAAAAUUGCUAUCAUUACAAUUUGGAGUAAAAAUGGCAAAAUCUGCAAUCCUGAGAACACCAUAUCAACUAUGAUGUAAGAGGUUAACACUGAUAUCUUGUGCAUUUUUGGGGGAAUGAUGAUUUUCACAAAAAAAGUAGGCAUCACAAGAAAAGAAGAGUACUUUAAACAAUUAACGUCUCACCUCCAUACAAGAGCAAGGAAGUUAAACCUGCAAACAAAAUAGUCUUCGAAGUGAACAAUGAACCCAGUCAUACUAGUUAUUUACUGGUUACAAAGUGUAUUAAAUAUAUAUAUAAAAAUAGCCAUUUAAAACUCCCUCAAACCUAUUACCACCAGCCAGCAAGCUUGUGGAAGGCCCAAACCAACCCAACUCAUACAUUUCAAAAUUUUAUAUAAAGGUGAACAUGUAAACGGCUGAAUUUGAAGAAAUUUACAGAAUAAUCUCUGACUCAUUUUUCUAGCAUUUAGAAGUAGUCUACCAGAAAGUCUAUUUGACUGUCAUAGGGAUCGGAACAGUCUUCUCUCUAAAGAUAAUAAAUUAAUUUAACAGAAGAAACAAUUAUAAAGAAAAAAAAUAAAAAAUUUAAAACUUUUUAUGGAAAAAAUUGCAUGUUUUCUAAUUGCUGACAAAUUUUGUUAAAUCAUUUUUGGUGAUUUGCCUUUGGUCAUGUGUUCCAAACCUUUAAAGUUGGAAUCCCUCUUUGCCAUCACCAUAAUCUGACGACAAAUAUUCUCUAUUAGAUUCAAAUCAGGAUGUUCCCUCUCCAUAACUUAUGUUACAAUGUAUUUCUUUUGACGUCCAGUCAAAAUUGACAUGUUGGUAAAAUGAAAAGGUUGAUUUAAACUUUAAACUUACAAAGGCAUGAAUACUUUUUUGGUUUAGCUAUAAAAAACUGCUGUUAAGUGUAUGUAAGAAUCAUAAAUAUUAUACAGUGCAUAGUUGUGACAAUUGUGGUGGACAUUUGCUUAUUAAAAUUUGACUUUGUGAUAUUUAGCUUAAUAGUUACACAUUUGAACACUAAUGUAUGCUUUAGUUCAUACAUGUCUGCUUCUGUCUCAAAAUGCUUUUACUUUUACUCUUUUUGAACAAGAUUUUUUUGCUUCUAUUUUUAUGCCACUUUGAAAAUACUAAAUAAAAUCAGUACCUAUUCUUCUAA